AUGUCGAAUUUAGACUCUUCGGAGGAAGACCCAUCUUCCUCUAAAGCGCUCUCAGUUGAUGAAUGAAUUCAGAGAGCAGGAGGCUUCGGUCGAUUCCAGUGGGUUCUCAUGCUAUGGGCAGGACUUGCGAGACAAGGAGUGAGCUUUUACUUCUAUACACUUGCGUACUCGGAGCUUGUACCGAAACUUGAGUGAAAGGAUCUCACUUUGCAGACGUUCGAGCCUUGAGAAGUUGAGGAUAUCUGUAAUGGCAGCGAUAUAAUUGAUAGAGACUUAUGGAGGGUAGACUACACUGAUUCCAAAAGUUUCCACAACUGGAUGACAGACCUUGAGCUGUACUGUCACAGUGACUUCAUGAUUGGGCUCUUUGGCUCUAUGCUUUUCCUGGGCUUUGCUCUUAGUGGAAUUGGUCUUAAGCAGUCAGAUAGAUUUGGAAGAAAAUAACACUAUUCUUGGCGGAAUACUCAUAUCUCUAAUAUCAGUGUUUAUAUUGUUCUUUUGGAGGAACCUGUAUGCCAAGUAUGUUGGACUUUUGAUUCUAGGAUUCAUUGGCUUCAAGAAUCUUGCAAUUUAUAUCCUGACUGUCGAGUCGGUUCCAAUGCAAUAUCAGAUAUAUGUUACAGGUUGGAUUUUAUCAUCAGAUCCGUUAUUUACUCUAAUUCCUGCAACUAUCUUCCUGAUGGCUGGAGGCAAACAACUACAGCAUUUCUUCAUUGUAGGAUGAGUAGUCGCAGUUCUUUCAUUCUUCUUGGUUUUAUUAGUGCCUGAAUCACCGAAAUUCUUAUUUGAGAAGAAAAGGUAUUCAGAACUGAGAAAGAAUCUAGCAUACAUGGCAAAAUUCAAUGGAGUCAGCAUGGGGGAAUACCAAAUUGAAGGAGAGACUCCUCCCUCAGGCUUCAGAGAAAACUCAGAAGAGAAUGGCCAAACAGAACAAAAAUUGUAUAGAGUAGAUUUAAUAAAUAGGAGUGAUUUAACUUCUGAAUCUCAGAUAGAAGCCAUUGAGAAUAUAGAAAACCGACCUUUGUUGGAGAAAGAGACAAGAAAGGAUUUCUCAGUACGGCAAGAACUCAAGAACAAAAGGACCCUGAUGAACCUUAUCUGCGUUAUAGUUAUCUUUUGUGUCGGAUCAUUCAAUUAUUAUAUGGUCGGUUUCUAUAUUAAGUAUGUUGGAGAUAAUAUCUAUAUCAACAUUUUAGCAAGUACGAGCUCGGAGAUUGCAGGAAAUUUUGCAUUUGCUUUCAUUCAAAAAUGAAUUGGUUCCAAAAAGUCUUUGAUUGUUUGUUUCAUGCUGUCUCUUGCUUCAGCUAUACCAUUGUUGUUUGUAAACAACUCCAUAGUUAUUGCUAUUUGUGUUUUUUCAGGCAAGUUCUUUAUCGAAGGAGGAUUCACAGUUGCUUACUUUGUCAACCCUGAGAUUUUUCAUCCACUGUUUGUGCCAUUCUCAUUCGGGUUGUGAAAUUUUGUAGCCAGGAUAUUCACGAUAUUUGCUCCACAGGUGGCUGAGAUCAAACCAAGACAGACUCCAGUUAUUGUAUUGAUGGUUCUCGCAUUUUUGGCUACUUUCUUAACAACAUUUAUGAGAAAGAAGAAGUAAUUAAGAGGUUUAAAGAUGAUGUUUAAAGGAAUAAUGUUGAAAUU